GGGAGUGAAGCUGGACCUUUUUUUUAAAAAAAAAAAAAAUGUUUUUUAAUUAUUUUAUCUUCAAUGUCUUUAAAUCUAUCUUUCUGAACAUGUUGAAAAUGCGUUGCACUGUUGUGAUUUUUGUCAGUUUGAUAAAACUGUGUUUUUUUCGUCGCGUGGAAUUUGUUUUCACGGUGGUUGUUUUUUGUCCGUUUGUGUUUGGGUGAAUCCGCCCCUCGGUGUCCUCCCAGGAUAAUCACUCUUCGCUGCUGCCGCAUCAGAGGACCCGGGGUCUGACUCACCAUCGUUUGCUCCCUAUCCAAGUCGUAAAACGGUUUCCUGUUUUGGAUAGUGCCCGAUGGCAAAAACUAUUUAUGCCACCUUUACGCAUGAAAGAUCCGAAGUUGAUGUUGGUUCACUCAACAAUACAGAAUAAGUUGUACAUACGCUUACGCAACGCGCGUCAGGAUUUUGGUUUUACGCGCGCCUGCUGUUCUUUGUGAUGAACGCUGGAGAGAGCACCUCCAAGGGGCAUGAAGACUCUAACUUCCAGGGUGACUUUAGAGAACGGGGGGAGGCCUGGUCCUGUGUAUAACCGCGCUGCAGCAUGCCCUCCUGGCCCAAUGACUCGGAGUGCCUCCCGCGUAACUACAGCUGGGAGGAGACCUACAACACGACGAGCAGCGCUGACCAGCCUGCGCCUCCGCUCAAUUUCUACUCAAUCCCUCUCCUCACCUUCAUCACCGUUGCCUGCUCGCUGUUGUUUCUGGUUGGAGUUACCGGCAAUGUCAUGACCAUCCUGGUGGUGAGCAAAUACAGGGACAUGCGCACCACCACCAACCUCUACCUGUGCAGCAUGGCUGUGUCCGACCUGCUGAUUUUCUUUUGCAUGCCGCUGGACCUGUACCGCAUGUGGAGGUACCGGCCGUGGCGCCUCGGAGACGCGCUCUGCAAACUCUUCCAGUUCGUGUCAGAGUCUUGCACGUACUCCACCAUCCUGAACAUCACCGCGCUGUCAGUGGAGCGUUACCUGGCUAUUUGUUUCCCGCUGCGCGCCAAAGCUCUGGUCACCAAAAGGCGAGUGCGCGCACUGAUUUGCAUCCUGUGGACGGUGUCCCUGUGUAGUGCAGGACCUGUGUUUGCCCUGGUGGGAGUGGAGAUGGACACCAUGGAACAGAACCUUGAGUCGAAUGAGACUGUGUUUGACGUCGGGGACACGCGGGAGUGCAGGAUGACGCACUACGCCGUUGAGUCCGGCCUGAUGGGGGCUAUGGUGUGGCUGAGCUCGGUGUUUUUCUUCAUGCCAGUAUUCUGCCUGACAGUGCUAUACAGCUUAAUUGGCCGUCGGCUGUGGCAGAGGCACAGGGAGACGAGUAUGAGCUCCCGUGUGGCACACAGGGACAAAAGUAAUAGACAGACCAUCAAGAUGCUGGUGGUAGUGGUGCUGGCCUUUGUUCUGUGCUGGUUACCCUUCCACGUGGGCCGCUACCUGCAGUUCCGCUCCCUGGACGCGCCGUCUCCGCUGCUGUCUGUGCUGUCUGAGUACUGCAGCCUGCUGUCCGUGGUGCUCUUCUACCUGAGUGCGGCGAUAAACCCCAUCCUCUACAACACCAUGUCGUGGAAGUACCGGGGCGCGGCGGCGCGCCUAUUUGGCCUGACUGACGGCCAGCCGUCACGCUGCCGCACAGCCAGCACCUUGAAGGGAGACAGCUCCAACGGGUGGACGGAAUCCACCGUGAGCUUUUGAACCCAACCCCGUCGAUCAAAUGGCCUGUAAUGAAUUAAGGGAUCAACUUGAAAGCCAUCACUUCUGUCAGAGAGAGGAAAAAUCUCCUAGGACUUGCUUUUAUUUAGUAAAAGCACGAACCACAGAUGGUGAAAAUGCUCAAAUUAUCUCUAAUUUUGCUUUAAAAUGUUUCACUUCUUGUCAGAUUAUUUCAGCAAGUGCCAUAACAUUUGUAACUGAGACUGCUGGAGUGUAAACUACCUUCACACCUCCUGGAAGUGCUUCUUGAUCUGAAUGUGAACAAAGAGGAGCAUAUAAACUUUAAUAUCACAUACAUCUACAAAUGCCUUAUAUUGUAUUCUGGAUGACAAAGGAAGCACUGUAGAAUUUGAAAUUUGUUGCACAUCGCUGUACUCCUUCAGAGCGGGGCAAAUGUGCAGAGUGAGUGCAAGCAUGUGUGUAACUGUGUAGCAGACAGUCUGUGAUGCAGACUCUGUGUUUAAUCAUGUUCCGAAAGACCCUCUAUGUAAAGUUUCCAAUCCAUGCUUGGGUUGAUGCUGCAAGCAGGGGGGGUCACACCACUUAGCAUGAAAGGUUAUUCUGAUUUUUUGGUUCCUGAACAGCAGUGCUUUAAUUUUGGUUUACAUUUUUAGAUUAAUAGCUUUGUUUAUUGUAGGCAUGGGCUGGUUAUGACUCAGGGUCAGUUUGCCCCUUUGCCAGUUUGUUCCAUCAUUUAGCACCCACGCGUUGCCAUUUCGUCCCUCCCUCCAUUUUGUACCUGUGCAAUAAUCUCUUACCCUCCCGGUAGGUUUUAGUACGUCAUCGAAUAUGAAAAAUUCUAAAUUAUGGGUGAAAUCUUACAUCCUCCAAUACCAUGAAUAUCUGAAUAAAAUGAUAUAUACAGUGUGCAUAUGAAAAAGAAUACAGGAAAGCCUGUUAAAAAGUGAGUACUUUAUUGAGAAAUGUCUAGUCUCUUAAAAAAAAAAGUUAUUUAUUUUCUCCUAAGCAACAAAAUGUAAUCCAGUUUUGCUCCAGAAAGGAUAACUCACCCCCAAUUUGACUUUUGUCUUGCUAAUAAACUGUAUACAUGGAUGUCCUAUGGUGUUUUCCACAUAUCCCAGUCAGUAUUUUGUCCAGAACCAUUAGUGUUGUGCCCUCUUAGGGUUUAAUGGAUAUCCUGCAUUGAAUUACGAAUCAGUAGCACUAUUAGUUCAAAAGAUAUUGUGACUUAACCAGAAAAGCUGAGUUCAGCAGCUCUGCUGCUGUGGAUUAUAGAAG